CCCAGGCACACACUUGCUGCGGUAUUUCCACACCGCCGUGUCCCGGCCCGGCCUCGGGGAGCCCCGGUUCAUCUCUGUCGGCUACGUGGACAACACGGAGUUCGUGCGCUACGACAGCGACGUGGAGAAUCCGAGGAUGGAGCCGCGGGCGCGGUGGAUGGAGCGGGAGGGGCCGGAGUAUUGGGAGAGGCAGACACAGAGAGCCAAGGGACAGGAGCAGUGGUUCCAAGUGAGCCUGAGGACCCUGCUUGGCUACUACAACCAGAGCGAGGGCGGCUCUCACACCUUCCAGUUGAUGUAUGGCUGUGACGUGGGGUCGGACGGGAGCCUCCUCCGCGGGUAUUGGCAGUUCGCCUAUGAUGGCCGCGAUUACCUCGCCCUGAACGAAGACCUGAAAACGUGGAUGGCAGCGGACACAGCGGCACGGAUCACCCGGAGCAAGUGGGAUCAGGCUGGUGAAGCAGAGAGAAGCAGGGCCUACCUGGAGGGCGAGUGCGUGGAGUCGCUCCGCAGAUACCUGGAGCUCGGGAAGGAGACGCUGCUGCGCUCAGAUCCCCCAAAGGCACAUGUGACCCUUCACCCCAGACCUGAAGGUGAUGUCACCCUGAGGUGCUGGGCCCUGGGCUUCUACCCUGCUGGUAUCUCCUUGAUCUGGCAGUUGAAUGGGGAGGACCUGAUCCAGGACUUGGAGCUUGUGGAGACCAGGCCUGCAGGGGAUGGAACCUUCCAGAAGUGGGCAUCUGUGGUGGUGCCUCCUGGGGAGGAGCAGAAUUACACAUGCCAUGUGGAGCAUGAGGGGCUGCCUGAGCCUCUCACCCUGAGAUGGGGUAAGGAGGGUGUGGGUACAGAGCUGGGGCCAGGGAAAGCUGGAGCCUCUGCAGACCCUGAGCUGGUCAGGACAGAGAUGUGGGGUCAUGACACCCUCCUUCAUUUCCUGAACCUGUCCUACCCAGAGCUGCCUCCAUCCACCGACUCCAACAUGGAAACCAAUGUUAUUUAUGUUGUCCUUGGAGCUGUGACCAUCAUUGGAGCUGUGGCCAUCAUUGGAGCUGUUCAUUGGAGUUUGUGUGAGGAGGAGAAACAUAGGUAG